ACCAUUCGGACAGCAGACUCAAGAUGAAGCUCCUGAUCGUCCUGUGCCUCGCCGCUGUGGCCCUGGCCCGGCCCCAGGAUGAGAGGAACGCCGAGAUCAUCACCUACGAAAACGAGCUGAGGGAGGACCAGUCCUACGACUUCAACCUGGAAACCACCAACGGCAUUAUCCGCGAGGAGUCCGGCAUCUCGUACCCGGGUGCCGAGCCGGAGACCGGCAGCUACACCCAGUCGGGCAGCUACGAGCACACCCACCCGGACGGCUUGGUCACCUACCUGACCUUCAUCGCCGACGAGAACGGCUACCGGCCCGAGAGCGAUGCCAUCCCCGUGUUCAGCGGACGCGUCGACAUCCAGGACGUCUAGAGGAGCCUAGUCCGUGUGCUGUCCACUGAAGGUCAUCUGGAUGCGGUGGCGGGGAAGGACACCGUCCUCGCCAGCAGCACUACAAAGGCAGGGGUGACACUUGGUCCCCAGAGUCUCUCAGAUGGUCAUCGGGACGAUGGGCAGCGGGAGCCUGCUCUUGCCCUCUGUGCAAGGAUUUCUGGUGGGCAUUUCAUACAACUUGCAUUGUGCCAUUCAUUAACA